GGGGCUCCGAUAUGUCGUGGCACCCUAUCCGCGCGCAGCCGAUAGAAGUUGAUCACGCGAGAUUGGUGCGCGUUGUGCCUCUUACGAGGUAGCAUGCGAGGUAACGGCGAUGAUGACGUCAUGGUGAUUGGACCACUGCCAUUUACCCUGGUCACGGUGUUGGCAGCGGGGUAGUCGAAGCAUUGAGUACGGAAGAUGCCUUCAGCACCCUCAUCUGUUCUGUGCACGUCAUCCUCGCAGCAUUCCCAACAAUCAAGUUUUGCUGUUGGCGCCGGUGCAGCGAUCUUCCACCCAUAGCUGUGACUGGGUUCCAUAUGCCUCUCUUUCGCAUGGAAUCAUUCACCGCGCCUCGUUUCCUCCUAAAAUUGAUUCCUUUUUAAGAUUGACUACAGGGGUUUCACGCGCGCACGUUGAAGAUAAAGAAACACGUGGCAGGAGGGUGGUAGGCAGUGCUUGAGGUCUCGACUGUUGUCCACAGGGGCAUGGAGCCGCGCAUCGGUAACAAGUACAGGUUGGGCCGCAAGAUUGGAAGCGGUUCUUUCGGUGAGAUAUAUUUAGGGACAAAUAUUCAGACGAAUGAAGAAGUCGGGAUCAAGCUGGAGUCUGUUCGGACGAGGCAUCCGCAGCUGUUGUACGAGGCAAAGCUGUAUAGGAUUCUACAGGGAGGAACUGGGAUCCCCAGUAUUCGGUGGUUUGGUGUGGAAGGUGAUUACAAUGUGCUCGUGCUUGACCUCUUAGGGCCAAGUCUGGAAGACCUAUUCAAUUUCUGCAGUCGCAAGUUUUCUUUAAAGACAGUUUUGAUGCUGGCAGACCAACUGAUUAAUCGAGUGGAAUAUGUGCAUUCAAAGAGUUUCCUUCAUCGUGAUAUCAAACCUGACAAUUUUCUAAUGGGCUUGGGCAGAAGAGCAAAUCAGGUUUACAUUAUAGACUUUGGGCUGGCCAAGAAGUACAGGGAUCCUAACACACAUCAACACAUCCCUUACAGAGAGAACAAGAAUCUGACAGGAACUGCACGGUAUGCGAGCAUCAACACCCACCUUGGCAUUGAGCAAAGUCGAAGGGAUGACCUUGAAUCACUUGGCUAUGUUCUGAUGUAUUUCUUGCGAGGCAGUCUGCCUUGGCAGGGCUUGAAGGCUGGCACAAAGAAGCAAAAGUAUGAGAAGAUCAGUGAAAAGAAGAUGUCGACGCCAAUUGAGGUGCUUUGCAAGAAUUACCCUUCCGAAUUUGCAUCAUACUUCCAUUUCUGCCGUUCCUUGAGGUUCGAUGACAAGCCAGAUUAUGCAUACUUGAAACGACUGUUCCGUGAUUUGUUCAUGAGAGAAGAGGCAGAGAGACAAGAGGCCGCAGAGCUGGAAGCUGCAACAGAUGCUUCGAGAAAAGAGCAUCUGCUGCAGCAGGCUCAGAAGACUCUUGCAGAUGCCAGAGUGGCCCAGUGUACACGGGACCUGACUGAGCUGAUACUGUUGCAGGACAAACUUACAGCCAGCCAUUUCACAAACUGGGAUGAGAGGAUCCAGCGGCUGGAGACUCGAGUGGCUGAUCUGGGAACUCAGCAGUCAAAGAUCCUGGAUGCUAUUCAGAAUCUGACUGCUCAGUUAACAGCAGCCAAUCUCAUCAGUCCCCUGCCCUUUGGGUUAUCCAACCGGCCAACCAAGCAUCACAUUGAGCUGCUGCCUGGAGCGGUCCCUCCCAAGGGCCGCAUCUACAGGAUGUCACCUGCUGAGCUUGAGGAGCUCAAGCGAGAGCUUGAGACCCUGACCAGCAAGGGCUGGAUCAGGCCCAACACUUCUGAAUUCGGUGCUCCAGUCCUCUUUGUUCCAAAGGGGAGUGGCGAGUUUAGAAUGUGCAUAGACUACAGGGGUCUCAACAAGAUCACUAGGAAGAGUACAAAGCCACUUCCUAGGAUCGAUGACCUCCUGGAUAUGGUCCACGACUGCACCAUCUUCAACAAAGUUGACCUCAAAUCUGGUUAUCACCAGAUUGAGAUGGCAGAGGAGGACGUCCACAAGACGACCUUCAAAACCAGGUAUGGUACUUAUGAGUACCUGGUGAUGCCAUUUGGACUUUGCAAUGCACCUGGCACCUUCCAGACUGAGAUGCACCGCAUAUUCAGGCCGUACCUGGAUAAGUUUAUGGUUGUCUACCUGGAUGAUAUCCUGGUAUUCAGCAAAACUACCAGGGAACAUGCGGAGCACCUGGCUCUGGUCCUUCAGUCAUUACGUGACAGCCAGUAUAGGAUCAACAGGGAGAAGUCCUCUUUUGGAGUUCCCUCUGUUAUCUAUCUGGGUCAUGUAAUCUCUGGAGAUGGACUGGCCCCUGAAGCAGCCAAAAUUGUUGCUAUUCAGGAUUGGCCACAGCCCCAGACAGAUGGAGGAGACGAUGGUGUUGUCAGUGCGGACGGUGAAGUAUUGCCCGUCGAGGUACGGGCGCCAGACUGUGAGGGCGUGAAUCACGGCGAGGAGUUCCUUCUCGUCGGAGGGGUAAUUCAUCUCCGCGGGAAGGAGCUUCUUGCUUGCGAAGGCGAUGGGGUAUUCGUCAGGUGGAGCCUCGGGGUGAGUGGGCGAGUCCUUGAUGGAGGGGGUCUCGGCAGUGUGGCGGGGGAAAUGUUGGGACAGUACGGCUCCGAUGGCGAAGUCGGAGGCGUCCGUGGUGACAUAGAAAUGGCGAGUGGGGUCGGCGAUCUUGAGAACAGGGGCCGUGGUGAUGGUUUGCUUGAUGGCAAACGUACAUUUGCUGAGCUUGGCGUAGAAUUUUUGCUCUCGGAGGAUCGCGAGGACUUGGCGGAGGUGCUGAAGGUGGGACUCGAAGGUGUGGCUGAAGACAAGGAUGUCAUCAAGGUAGACAACGACACAGACUUCGACGAGGUUGCGGAAGAUGUGGUUCAUGGUGGAUUGGAAGGUAGCGGGGGCAUUGGUGUAGACAACACUCUGGCACAUGGUCGUCUCAUUGCUCCCGCGUUCGCACGAAUAGUAAAGAAGGAGCAGCUGGAGGACCAGGUCUUUGUAGUAUAUGUCAGACCUGUCACUGAGCCUAAGGAAGGGGAUAGUUCCACGGAUCCAACCAUUGCCAAACUGCUGGAGGAGUUCAAAGAUUUAACUGAGUCGCUGACAGGAGUGGUGCCGCGACCAAUACAGCAGAGAAUACAAAUAGAGCGUGGCGGUAGAACUCCUAAGGGAGCAGUCUACAAGAUGUCCCCUAGAGAGUUAGAGGAGCUGCGCAAGCAGUUGGACGAGCUCCUGGAAAAAGGUUGGAUUAGGCCAAGUUCGUCUCCUUUCAGAGCUUUAGUUUUGUUUGUCCCCAAGAAGGAGGGAGAGUUGCGUAUGUGCAUAGACUACAGGGGUUUGAAUGCCAUCACAGUGAAGAAUGCUGAGCCGCUGCCUAGGAUAGACGAUCUCUUAGAUCGGGUGCAGGGGUGCAAAUACUUUUCAAAGAUAGAUUUAAAGUUCGGGUAUCAUCAGAUAGAGGUCCAUCGUGAUGACCAAUACAAGACUGCGUUCCGGACUAGAUAUGGGCACUAUGAAUUUAUAGUGAUGCCCUUUGGACUGACCAACGCGCCAGCUACAUUUCAGCUAUGUAUGAACGACCUGUUUAGGCCAUGGUUAGACAAGUUUGUAGUAGUUUAUUUAGAUGAUAUAUUAGUUUUCAGCAGGACCCUCCAUGAGCAUCAGGGUCAUUUGAGGCAGGUCUUGGAGAAGCUGAGAGAAGCUAACUUCAAGAUUAACCCGAAGAAGUGCGAGUGGGCCAAGACACAAGUCCUGUACUUGGGCCACGUCUUAGAUGGAGAUGGCAUUAAGCCUGAGGACAGCAAGAUAGCGGCAACUAGAGAUUGGUCGACGCCCCGCACAUUGACAGAGCUGCAGGCGUUUCUAGGCCUACCUAAUUACUACAGGAAGUUCGUAAGGAACUUCUCGACUAUCGCCGCUCCCCUUCGCCGGGAGUUCGCACGUGAGAUGAUGAUGCACGUGGGCACGAAAGUAAAGGCAAGGACAGAGAUCACAAAACGAUUCUGCACCGGCGCCAUAGAGGGUGCCAAGUUAGCAGCUCCAAGGGAGGAGGAAGCACGUACCCGUAGGGAUACAGUUAAGGUUAAGUUUCCUGAUUCCUAUAGCGGGAAGAAGGAAGAGAAUUUCGAUAACUGUGAGGCGAACGUCAAUUCGUACGUUCACAUGCAAAAGAUCCUACUCGAGGAGCAAGUUCUAAUAGUUUUCCAUGCCCUCAGGUUCGAGGCAGCAAGUUUCGCCCGAUCGCUUGCCCGCGCUGCUGGAUGCGAGAAUGAUAUGGUAGCCUACUCUGCGAAAACCUCCGUCUUGGAGAAGCUGAGAGGAGCUAACUUCAAGAUCAACGCAAAGAACUGUGAGUGGGCCAAGACACAAGUCCAGUACUUGGGCCACAUCUUAGAUGGAGAUGGCAUAAAGCUUGAGGACAACAAGAUAGCAACGAUUAGAGAUUGGCCGACGCCCCUCAUAUUGACAAAGUUGCGGUCGUUUCUAAGUUUAGCCAAUUACUAUAGAAAGUUCGUUAGAAACUUUUUUACCAUCGUUGCACCCGUUUGCAGGUUGUUAAAGAAAGAAACAAUCUGGGAGUGGGGUAUAGAUUGUACGUCGGCCCUGAAGAAGUUGAAGCGGGCCUUGAUAGAGUAUCCAGUCCUCAAGGUAGCCGAUCCAUCAUUACCUUUUGUUGUCACCACUGAUGCAAGUCAGUAUGGCAUAGGUACUGUCUUACAUCAAGAUGAUGUCAAUGGGUAUAGACCCGUAGAGUUCAUGUCUGCUAGGAUGCCUUCAGAGAAGGUAGCGACAUCCACCUAUGAGAGGGAACUCUACGCUCUCAGACAAGCAUUAGAUCAUUGGAAGCACUACUUGCUUGGGAGGCACUUCAAAGUCUAUUCAGAUCACGAGACACUGAGGUGGUUAAAGACGCAAGCCAAGAUGACACCUAAGCUUACUAGGUGGGCUGCAGAGAUAGACCAAUUCGACUUUGAGCUCAAGCCAGUCAAAGGAAAGUAUAAUGUAAUCGCGGAUGCUCUAAGCAGGAGAGCUGAUUACUUUGGAGCGAUAGUUCACUAUCUGGAUAUAGGGCGAGACCUGCAGCAGAAAGUUAAAGAAGCCUAUGCACAGGACCUUAUCUAUAGUGAUCUCCUCGAGCGAGUUAAGGAGUCUCCAGAGUCUGAGCCAGACUACCGCACUACAGAUGGGUUAAUAUUGGAGAAGACUAACAUAGUUGACCGCUUGUGCAUUCCCAACAGUGAAGAGAUCCAUAGCUUGAUCUUAUGGGAAUGCCAUGAUACAGAGGGACACUUUGGUUGGCAAAGGACAUUGGCUAACCUCGUUCGCGUGUAUACGCGGCCUGGCAUGAAGGCCGACUGCAUAGAGUACAUACGCAGUUGCAAGGUGUGCCAAUGAAACAAGACCACUACGCGAGCCUGUCUUGGUCUUCUCAGACCACUACCUAUUCCGACAGGACGCAGAGAUUCUAUAUCUAUUGACUUUAUGGAUGUUGGGGUCAGGAGGAGGCAUGGCAAGAGCCAAGUCAUGGUUAUAGUUGACAGAUUUAGUAAGUAUGCAGUCUUUGUUCCUUUGCCCACAAAGGCACGCACAUAUUUAGUUAUAGAUAAGUUCGUUGAUCAUUGGGUCAGUGAGCAUGGUCUUCCGCUGUCAAUAGUUAGUGGCAGAGAUACCAGGUUCACUUGUCAGAACUGGCAGGAGUUGAUGAGAGUCUAUGGCUCUAAGUUGUUGAUGCCAUCUGGCCGUCAUCCAGAGAUUAAGGGUCAGACUGAGCGGAUGAACAAAGUUUUGCAGCAAGU